CACAGCUCCCGGAAACGUUUUGAAUCGCCAUAUCUCGUCUCAUAAGCAUCUGUCUCUCUCGUUCUUUCUUCUCUCUAUCUGUGUCUAUCAGAUCUGCUCCCAAUUUUCAAACGACGGUCAGCUUCGCCACGCAAAUUACGGAGAGUGACUGCAAUGAAAGAAAGCUCACCUUCUGAGCUUGUGGUCGCUGAUCUGCUGCAUAUUUGAAUCACCCUUUCACCCGAUGGAAUUCACCGAUCCUUAUAAGCAGACGGGUCCUUGUUGUUUCUCGCCUAAUGCGCGUUUUAUUGCGGUCGCCGUCGAUUACCGCCUCGUAGUUCGUGAUACGUUUUCCUUCAAGGUUGUGCAGUUGUUUUCAUGCCUCGAUAAGAUAAGCUAUAUUGAAUGGGCGCUUGAUUCUGAAUACAUUCUGUGUGGUCUCUACAAAAGGCCAAUGAUACAAGCAUGGUCAUUGACCCAACCUGAAUGGACGUGCAAAAUAGAUGAAGGACCUGCCGGUAUUGCUUAUGCUAGGUGGAGCCCAGAUAGUCGUCACAUACUAACCACAUCUGAGUUUCAAUUGCGAUUGACAGUUUGGUCGCUGGUGAACACAGCAUGCAUCCACGUGCAAUGGCCAAAGCAUUCUUCCAAGGGGGUGUCGUUCACCAAAGAUGGAAAGUUUGCUGCAAUUUGCACAAGACGUGAUUGCAAGGAUUAUAUUAAUUUACUAUCUUGUUACACUUGGGAGAUGAUGGGUGUUUUUGCUGUGGACACACUGGAUGUGGCUGAUAUUGAAUGGUCACCAGAUGAUAGUGCCAUAGUGAUAUGGGAUUCGCCUCUUGAAUAUAAGGUUCUAAUCUACUCCCCGGAUGGAAGGUGUCUAUUUAAGUACCAAGCAUAUGAAAGUGGACUGGGUGUAAAAACUGUUUCAUGGUCCCCUUGUGGCCAGUUUCUAGCUGUGGGUAGUUAUGACCAGAUGCUGCGGGUUUUGAAUCACUUAACUUGGAAAACCUUUGCUGAAUUUAUGCAUUUAUCUUCUGUUCGUGGUCCUUGUUAUGCUGCUGUUUUUAAGGAGGUAGAUGAGCCGUUGCAUCUUGACAUGUCCGAAUUAUAUCUGAAUGAUGAUUUUAUACAAGCCAAUUCUGGUGCACCAGAUGGACAUUUCAGUGUAAGAUAUGAGGUUACUGAAGUACCCGUCACUUUGCCCUUUCAGAAGCCUCCCGCAGACAAACCAAAUCCUAAACAAGGAAUUGGUCUUAUGAUUUGGAGCAAUGAUAGCCAGUAUAUAUGUACUAGGAAUGAUAGCAUGCCAACUGCUCUCUGGAUAUGGGACAUACAUCGCCUUGAGCUUGCUGCCAUUUUGUUGCAGAAGGAUCCCAUUCGAGCAGCAGCUUGGGACCCAACAUGCACACGCCUUGUUCUGUGCACUGGAAGCUCGCACUUAUAUAUGUGGACUCCUUCAGGUGCUUACUGUGUAAGUAAUCCACUACCACAGUUUUCAAUAGUUGAUCUAAAAUGGAACUCCGAUGGGAGCUGUCUUCUCCUUAAAGACAAGGAGUCAUUCUGCUGUGCUGCUGUUCCUCCACUGCAAGAAUCUAGUGAAUAUAGCUCAGAUGAUUGAGCCAAUUUUGUUGCUUUGGUUAGGAUGGCCUAAGAGGGAAAAAAUGUAUCCAAGGCAUCCCUGAUAAGCGAUUAAUCCGGGAUUUCUCUCCUUUUCACUCUCUUGUAAAAUACCACUGUAGUAUAAUGUAGUUGGAAACUUUGGCUACAAUCUCACUUUAUCUCUUCCAUUUAGUGUUCCUCACUGGCAGGCAGAUUAAUUAGCUCGAUGCAAACGACUUCAUGGAGACGGUAUCGGGGUAAAUAUGAUUUUUCUAACAGUUCCUGCUCCUUCAUAUUGAGACAGAAAACAUUAUUUGCU